AUCCAUUUUCUUUGUUGAUAUUUUUCUCACAACAUAAAACUAGCGCAGCAAACAGGCAUCGAUUUUCUCCGCAUUUUCAGUCGUUAUUUAUCAUAAUGACUUCCCAACCAACGAUAUAUGGCAUCCAGAGUACAGCUGGGGCCAUCCCAGUCCGUAAUCCAAAAGGUGAACUGUCGAUGCAAAAGGUAAAGGUUCAUCGCUAUGUGUCGGGAAAACGUCCGGAGUACGCCCAGCACUCGAGCAGCGAGGAGGAAUCCGACGAGGAUGAUUUCAUCGACAAUCGCAACCGAACGGCCGAGGAGUCCUAUCGGGAGUCACGCCGCCGAGACCGGGAAACCGACGAAGAUGACGACGACCUUCCGGGCGAUGUGGAUGAUCCCCGUAUUCGACGUCUGCAAGCCAUUCGUGCUGCCGAGGCGGAGGAAAUUGAGCGCGAGCGUCGGGAACGGCACCGAGUCAUUCACGAACCAGAGUUGGUUCAGUCGGAAGAGGAGGAGGAAGAGGAUGGGGAGCCAAUGGAAGAGGAACCUGGACAGCAUUUGCGCCAUAGGAGGCGCCCGCAGGAAUCGGACGAUGAAGAUGACGAGGAGAACUCCCAGGAUGGGGAAGACGGCCAAACGCGAACAAGGCGCAUUUCCAUCGGUUCGGAGUCAGAGUCCGAUACGGAGCUGAGCGAUUCCGAGAUCGAACGGAGGAGAAACAUGCUGCGACAGAAGAUGAUGCAGCAGAAAAAGGAAGAGGAAGUACUUCAGAAGGAGGAUGAAGGACAGUCGGAUACAUCCGAAUCCGAGAGCUCGGAGUAUGAGGAAACAGAAAGCGAGGAGGAAAAUGAGCCACGAUUGAAACCACUAUUCGUUCGUAAGAAGGAUCGGACCACAGUCAUUGAAAAGGAGCGCGAAGCCAACAAGCAGAAGCAGCUGGAAUAUGAAUCAAAGAAAGCAGCCAAGGAGCGUCGUCGGCAAACGUUGAAACUGGUCGAGGACAGUAUCAAGAAAGACAUGGAGAAGGCCAAGGUCGAUAAUGAGCCCAACUUGAAUGAUGUCAAUACAGAUGAUGAGAACGAUGAGGUUGAGUACGAAGCAUGGAAGCUACGUGAAUUGAAGCGUAUCAAACGAGAUCGAGAAGAAAAGGAGGCACUUGAAAAGGAGAAGUUGGAAAUCGAGCGAAUCAGAAACAUGACGGAAGAUGAACGUCGUCAGGACCAACGGCUUAAUCCGAAACAGGUCACGAACAAAACCGUCAAAGGAAAGUACAAGUUCUUGCAGAAGUACUAUCAUCGUGGUGCUUUCUACCUGGACCAAGAGGACCAAGUCUACAAGCAGGACUUCUCCGCUCCGACGCUGGAAGAUCACUUCGACAAGACGAUCCUGCCCAAGGUCAUGCAAGUCAAGAACUUUGGACGGUGCGGUCGGACCAAGUACACGCACCUGGUCGAUCAGGACACCACGAAGGCCGAAUCGCCUUGGUUUGCUGAUUCGGCGAAUAAUACUAAAUUCUACAACGAAAGGGCCGGAGGAAUGCGUCAGGUAUUCGAGAAGCCGUCGUUGUACAGGAAUAAACGCGACGAUUGAGGCGGUGGUGAUUAUUGUAGGCAUAUGAUUAAGCUUUUGUUGUGAUGGAAAAUUAUAUAAUCAUUCAAUAAAUAAUCUAAUAAUGAUGAAAUUA